UAACUGCACGCUGACGAGGCUGUCGCCUACAGUGGAGGGGGGAGAUUUUCAUACUUACUUUUGUACAAUGAGGGUGACACACAUUUCAGUAUUUUACAAAUUCACUCUAAUUCUUAAAUCAAGCAGCCAGGCUAAAGAUGUUACUGUCAAUAACUUCAGACCUUCUCUUAACAUCCAGCUGAAAGCCCCUUUCCACCUGUCCGUGACGAACAAUCCCACCGCACAGAAUGUUAAUAUCACGUGGCAGUUUAAAUCGCUCUAUCUGGACCAGAUGGUGCAAUAUGAACUGGAGUACUGGAGCAAAGAGACGAAAGAGGAUGUGAAGAUGGAAAGUCGGCUGAAUGAUAUCCGACAUCUGGCCAUUAGGAAAAUUGAUUUGGAGCCAGACUCCCACUAUAGAGGACGUGUCCGUGUACGACCUGUACAGACACUUUUGUUUCAGGGUCCAUGGAGCAAGUGGAGUGCAGAAAUAACAUGGAGUACAGGUCCUGGUCCAAACAGUGCAUCAACAAAAAACAACCUGCUGUGUGUGUUGUUUGCACCUCUCCUCUUGGCGGUCAUCAUUUUCAUAUCACUCUAUUUCAAGCUUCCAUCGCGUGUUGUAGGUAAAGUGUGGAUUCAUAUUCCAAACCCGGCCUCUUAUUUCCAGCCUCUCUACAGCCAGCACAAUGGAAACUUCAAGGAAUGGAUCCACAAAAACCAUGCACAACGUAACAAUUCUGGGGGGUCAUGCCAAGAGCUGAAGAAGGUGCCUGAGGGCAGAGGUGUCACAGUCAUCCUGAAUCCUUGGGAUGAAGCUGUUUCUAACAUCUCUUACCUGAAGCCCAUCCCAAUCAACCAAACCUCGACCUUCGACUUGGACACCAAAGGUAGCCUUCAGACUGAGUUCCGCAACCCCAUCCAGCACCUUCAAGAGUACUGCAAUAAUCAUUCCGUGCUGCUCCCUCUCAUGCCCCAGGAUGAGCAGGGCAUGUCUGAGAACUGGGCGGUGGUUCACGAUCCAUCCCAUGGCACCUUCCUGGGCACUGUGCCACUGGAGGAGGAUGGAGGGUACAGCUACAGUGAAGAGUACUGUACCCUUGCCCAUUCCGACACCAGCCAGGGCCUGGUCCCUGCAAAGGUUGACCUCCUGCUCAAAGUGGCCAACGAGUGCCGGGGAGAGAAAAGGGAAGUGGCCGAGGACUUGCCCGUGACCAAUGAUCCGUAUCUGACCUGCCCGGCUGUAACCGAGAAAUCGGAGUUUCCACCGGGAGACUGUGCCAGCGAAAGACCGUGUAUGACCACUCCUCUGGGUCAGUCGCCAGCUGAACCCUCAGAGCCACCAGCAAACAAUAAAGAGCCCUCCCUCACACCCGCCACCCCUGACAACUCUGCUGCACCUUCUGCCUUCCUGUCUGAGGCUCUGAUGUGACUGCCACGACUGCACAGUUUGCAAUGUCCUGAGUGGGGUUCGAAUGGGGAUUCCCAGCAUCUAUGAAGGAUGGGCACCUAGUUUAAUUAUUGACUGAAAGAAGGACAUAUUCCAGCGGUUGGGAAGCUACAGGAGAGCAUUUGUUUGUUGAGCAAUUAUUUGGCAGCUUGUGCAAAUAGCUCAGUAAAGCAAGAUCGCUAUUGUUGGUUAAUAGUGAGAUUAAAGCACACAGUGCUGGUGUUAAAGUACUGGCGAUUUGUUGAUGGACACAAAACAGAGGAGUAAGAACCAACAAGAUAUUUUGAGCUGGGAGACUGCGUUCCAGGAGAUGGCUCGGAGAUUGGCCCUGAUGCCUUGACUGUUCACGUCCUAUUUCAAGGAUUUGGGUUUGUGGUAUACUAUAACCAAAUGUUUUUGCUAAUACAAAAUUGGAUGGCAGUGUGUGCUGUGAGGAUCCAGAGGAGUUUCAGGGGAUACAGAUAGUUUGGAUGCAUGGGCAAAGACAAGGUGGGUGACAUUUAAAAAGGAGAGUGAUAUAGAAACAAGGAACUGCAGAUGCUGGUUUACAAACAAAAGAAGCAAAGUGCUGGAGUAAUUCAGCGGGUCAGCAGCAUUCCUGGAGUACAUGGUGUACAUGACAGGUCAAAUCCUUCUUCAGACUGAAGGAAAAUGGUAUGCUGGCUGGCUUUUACAACAAGGGGAUUUGAGUAUAAGAGAAGAGACAUUUUUCUCCCGCUAUAUGGUUCCCUGGUGAGGCCAUAUCUGGAAUUGUGGGUACAGGUGUGAACUCCUGAACUAAGGAGGGUGAUAGAGGCACCGCUAGGAAUCUGAGAGGUACAUGGUGGGUAUAUGGAAAAAGCUGCCAGAGGAGGUAGUUGAGGCAGGUACUAUCAGGUGUAAAGCCAAGUGUGGGCAGGUUAGACCAGUGUGGAUGGGGAAUGUUGGUUGGCGUUGGCAAGUUGGGCUGAGCUGUAUGACUAUGAUUCUAUGAGAGAGUGCAGUGAAGGCUGACCAGACUCUAUCGCUUCGCCAUUGUGCCGCCCAUUCACUGAGCAUAUUCCAGCAGAAUUUUUUUUUUUUUUUUGCUAUAAGGGAUUGGGAUUAGUGCAGUGUUGUUGAGGUAACAUGUUAGCUCUGGUCAUAUUGAGUGGGGUGGUAGGGCGAGGGAAAGAAUAUCUGUAAAUAGAAUGAGUUGCUGGUGUUUGCAAGAUGCUCGUCUUGCUUUGACCUUUGUUUAUAUAAAAUGUUGACUACUGUUAAUUGUGUAUCUCAUGUGUACCAUUGAAGACAUUAAA